UCACAUCAUCCUUGACGAUUUUUAACUGACGCCAUUUUGUUUUUCAUUGCGACCGCGUUGUGAUGUGCUCGUGUGAUUUGUAUUCAAAGAAUCUUGGUUUAUAUUUAGAUUGAUUGUGUGUUAAUUCAUUAUACUUUUGUUGUUUAUUUUAAAUACGAAUACUCAUCAUGUCUGAUCGUGAGAGGAGCCGCUCGAGGACCCGCAACGGUUCACGGGAGCCGGCUCCAAAGGCUGCAGCCAUGUCGCGCGGUCAUAGCCGAAGCCGGUCACGCACGCCGCCCCCGCCAAAAGCUUCCAGCAGAAAAUAUAGAAGCCCAACUCGUUCCCGCUCUGGAUCUCCGCGGCGCGGCUAUCGCGGUUCGCGCUACUCGCGCAGCCGCUCGCGUUCCUAUUCUCCUCGUGGCUCCUACCGCCGAUCCCAUAGCCAUAGCCCUAUGUCGUCUCGUAGACGGCAUCUUGGUGAUCGGGUGAGGCUUUUGGAAAAUCCGACUCCAUCACGCUGCCUCGGAGUUUUUGGUUUGAGUCUCUACACAACUGAACAGCAGAUUCACCACAUUUUCUCAAAAUAUGGUCCGGUUGACAAAGUUCAAGUUGUCAUAGAUGCUAAGACUGGUCGUUCGAGAGGCUUUUGCUUUGUGUACUUCGAGUCUCAGGACGACGCUAAGGUGGCAAAGAAUGAAUGCACGGGCAUGGAGAUCGACGGGCGUCGCAUCCGCGUCGACUACUCCAUCACGCAGCGUGCUCACACGCCGACGCCCGGCAUCUACAUGGGGAAGCCCACGCAUGUGAGAGGCGAUAAUGGCUACGACAGGCGCCGAGACAGAGACAGCGACUACUACUACCGCGGCAGCUACCGCGAGCGCGAGCGCGACUACUACGCGCGCUACCGCCACCGCUCCCCGUCGCCGCACUACCGCCGGCGCCGCUACGAGCGUGAGCGCUCCUACUCGCCGCGUAUUGAAACAAGAAGUAAAGGAUGAAGUUCCUUGAAAAAACUAACUGUGUUGAAGUUUUGAAAAUGUUUGAUUGAAAUGAAAAGCUCUUUCGAAAUGGUCGCUGAUCCCGGACCGGCCGGUCGCCGAAAAGAAAGUGUCGGCGCCGGAACGAAGGCGCGAAUGUAGCUCGGUCGCGAAAAGAAUAUGAUCGACACGUUUGUAGUUCCGAAGCUCAAGCUCGCAAGACGCAAGACGGAAGUCGCACGCGCACGCGCACUGAUCAUAUUCUUAUCACACCACUUAAAACCAAACCGAUCCUAACACGUUACAGUAUUCUGGUACAGAUUAUAUAUAUGGUGAUCCUUAUGCAUUUUAUCCGAUGGUAUAUAUCUAUGUCUAUUGAUAUUAGUCUGGUAACACAGUAAUUUUAGUUGUAGACCUGUUUUGUGAGCGACUUGUUAAUAAAUUGAUAGUUUUCUAAUGUCA